GAUCUAUUUCCAAUGAAAAGGCAACAGAGUAAAAUGAUUUUCUAUUUCCUUUUUCUUCAGUGCCAAAGUGUUGAUAGUCUAGGGGUGUUGCCUGGUGGAGGAACUGCCAAACCAGAGUAUGAAUCACAGCUAAACAUUGUCAGGCGUAUGGAAGAUUUUAAUAUGAUGAAAAGUGACGUGUGCUUGACUACAGAGUCAAAUUUAGAAAAUGCCAAACUAAAGAUGGACAAACCAAACAGCUACGCCCCAUGUAUUUUAGAUGUUGAUAUUGAGAAAGGAAAGUCUGAAAACACUAAUCCCAAUGACGAAUCUGUUGAGCAUCUGAAGACUAAUGAUUGCUUUGCAAGAACCUUACAGAGAGAGAUUAGCUUACUAACAGGAGGAAAUUCAUGCAGAUGAACCAUAGCUCUGAGUUACCCAAGUUCACUUCCAGAGGUAGCUAUCAUAUGC